CGCGUCAAGAGACGAUGGGCUACAACAACCCGACGGCGACGCAAGGCGCUGAAGUCUUCGAGCUCGACGUCGACGUCAAGGAAAAGGUCCUCAUGGUCACGUCCUGGCACAUGCGCCAACUCGUCCUUACACGCCAAACACUCGAAGUCCUCGGCGACAAGAAGCCGCUCUUGACGGCCGGCGCUGCCCACUGCUCUGUGCGGCUUCUCGAGUGCGUGGACCCAACGCGCGCAUAUCCAUUCGAGAUUCUUGUGCACGACAAGGUCAAGCUUUCGUGCAACGCAGCGAGCGGCUCGCUGCGUGACGCGCUCAUCACGCGGCUGGAAGCCAUCGCGCUCGGCCAACCGUGGCCGUCGACAACCAGCGACGCCUACAGCGCGUUUCUUGGCGUUGCCCGCGCGCUCAACGAAAGCGUGCCAGCGACCACGGUGCCGCGCACCAACAUCACGAUCGACGACGUCUUGGCACACUUGGCAGAGAUGCGCGGUAUCUACGAGAUCGCGUCGUCGAUGCCGAGCAUCGAGGACCUCUACGCGUUCUUCCUGGACCUCGAGAGAGACUACGUGGAGGGCGACCGUAACUUUGCGCAUACGGUGCACGUGCUCCACCCGCUCAAGUACCAGCGCGGCCGCACCGACGGGCAGCCACUGGCCGACCUUGUCCGCGCGUGUCCGCACACGCAUUGCCGGCGGUCGUUGCCCCUUCCGCUCGCGUACCGCAUGCACAUUCUCGGUGACGCAAUCGUGUGUCCGUCGUGCCAAUGCGGUGUCUUGUAUGAAACGUAUUCGAUCGCAGCGUUCGUGGCCGCGCACCCGUUCUUUCCUGUGCCGGGAAGAGUGAUCAACGGUCCACCGGCGCUCGACGUCGCGAUGCCACCGACGCCAUCGGACGGCACAUGGAAGGCGUACAUUGACGACGUCAAGAGCGCAAUCGUCGAGGUCGCGUCACAAGGGACGCGGCCGGCGAUCCAGCGCGUGCGCAAGGACAUUCGCGCUGCGAUUCAAGCGACCCGACAGACUCGCAGCCUCGGUCUCUUUGCCAUGGACUUGGUCCAAGGCAUGUUUCGACAACUCGACUUUAUCGCAAAAAUCGUUGUGCACUACGAGUACUGGGCGCACCCCGACGUGCUCUUGGCGUCGAUUGCGCGCUACGAGAAGUUUCUGCACCUCAUGGUUCUCAAGGAGUCGAGCGAUGUGCUCGUGCCCACGUCCGACAUUGACCUUGUGUGGCAUACGCACCAAACCCAUCACAAGGACUACGUCGCGUUCACACGUCGGUUUUGCCAUCGCCUCAUUGACCAUGACGACACGAUCGGCGGCGGCGACCUUGCCACGGGCUACGCCAAGACCUUUCUGCUCUGGUCCAAGACAUACCGCGAGCAGUACUCGUCGUUCCCGCCGAGCUACACUGCGUGGAGUAAGGGCAUGUCGCCGUACCCGGUGUUUCCAACUUUGCGUCAAAAGACGUGGGCCAAACACGGCCGCCUGCCGUCGACGGCAAAUCGCUACGUGGGCGUCAACGAAGCCUACCCGAUCGACGCGCUCCCGUAUGCCACUGCGAUCCACGACGUUAUCAAGCCCGAGGGGGUCGUCGACGAGGUGCCCGUGUACGUCACGGUCAUCGGAACACCCGUCAUGGACGGCCGCGUCCGCCACCCGUAUGCGCGCAUCACGCUGCUCAUGUACGAAGGCCGCCUGCCAUACUACUACAUGCCCUACGUCUUUGUCGGCGGCUGCGGUGGCUUUGGCGCCACGGGCGGCUGCGGCACGUCCGACUCUGUCUUUCCCGGUGACUCUGGCGGGGGCUGUGGUGCCAGUGGCGGCUGUGGUGCCUCUGGUGGCGGCUGUGCUACCGGCGGGGGCUGUGCAUCUGGUGGCGGCUGCGCAACUGGCGGCUGCGGCUCGAGUGGCGGCGGUGGCUGUGGUGCGAGCAGCGGUGGUGGCGGCUGCGGUACAAGCAGCGGCGGCGGUGGCGGCUGUGGUAGCUCCUCGACGACCUAGUUCUACAAACGCCACAAGUCCUUAUAUAACCCUUUGACUGCAACUCGAUUCUAUUUCAUUUCUAUGGUG